UCCGUUCGCAGUACAGUAGCUUACUUAGUUUUGUAAAUCACACUCAGGGUGUGUGGCGGAGAAUACAGGAGUUUAUAUCGAGAGCUUUUAAAGCUUAGUAAUUGCUAUUCAGUAAUAAUUUAAGUGUAAAAUAAGAAAAAUGGCGUUAAGCUUUCAAAGCAAAUUUUAUGUUAUUAUAUGCGCUGUGACCCUGACCUUCGUUAAGGCAGACAAAAUGCAGGUAGCCACCGUGUACUGGGAUGUCGCCCAUAAGACCGUGCUGCUGAAAGAAGGGGUGAUGGAUAAACGAGGUGAUGCUUACGGGUACUUCAACGACACAUUGCUCCAAACGGGCUGGGGAGUUCUGGAGCUACGGGCGGGGUAUGGGGUGACCCCCAGAUCUGAUGAGAUAAACCACUACCUAGCGGGAUACCUCGAGGGAUACCUCACUGCCCAGCAGAUGUUUAGCCACUAUUCAAACAUGUAUCCAGAGCUGAUUACUGACCAAAAAACAUUGAUCGCCGUGAAGGAUUUUAUGAGCAAGCAGGACUCCUGGGUGAGGAACCAGGUGAAGCAGCAGAAGAGCGGAGACCCAUUCUGGCGACAUAUGGGCUUUGUGGUGGCCCAACUGGAUGGACUGUAUGCUGGAGCAGCGUACUGGGCGAAACAGAAGCAAAAGACGGCCCUGCCGAUGUUCGCAGUACAGUUCCUCAAUGCACUGGGUGAUCUUCUGGACCUAAUACCUGCCCUGGUUCAUCAUAAAGCCCAUCAUCCUCAAAACCACUUAAAAAUUCCUAUGGGCCACUGUUCUGCCCUCAUUAAGAUGCUGCCAGGAUAUGAGAACCUCCUGCUUUCUCACUCCAGCUGGUACGUCUAUAGCGCUACGAUGCGUAUCUACAAGCACUGGGACUUCAAGAUGACGGAGCCUCACGCCGCCACAGGCAAAGUCUCCUUCAGCAGCUACCCUGGUUUCCUGGUGUCCCUGGAUGACUUCUACCUACUGGGUAGCGGACUGCUGAUGACCCAAACCACCAACCUGGUGUUCAACAGCUCCCUUUUCUCGCUGAUCACACCUGAGAGCCUGCUGGCAUGGCAGAGAGUCCGACUUGCGCAUUACCUGGCACAUGACGGGGAAGAAUGGGCACGUGUGUUUGCCAAGUACAACUCUGGUACCUACAAUAACCAGUACAUGGUGGUGGACUUGAAUAAAGUGUCUCUGGGCAAAAGCAUUGACAGUGGUGCUCUGACCAUUGUUGAGCAGAUCCCUGGACAUGUGUCCUACUCUGACCAGACUCAGGCCCUCCGCAGAGGCUACUGGCCGUCCUACAACAUUCCGUUCCACCCGGACAUCUACAAUCUGAGUGGCUACUGGGAGAUGUGGAAGGAAUAUGGCGAGGAAUUCUCCUAUGACCUUUGUCCACGUGCCAAAAUCUUCCGCCGGGACCAGGGGAGUGUCAUGGACCUUGCAUCACUGAAACACAUCAUGAGAUAUAACAAUUACAAAAAUGACUCCUAUUCCAAGGGAGACCCAUGUAAGGCCAUUUGCUGUCGCAAUGACCUCCAGUCGAAGCAUCCCACUACAAUGGGUUGCUAUGAUACUAAGGUGACGGAUUUCCACAUGGCACAGAUGUUCAAGGCGGAGGUAGUGAAUGGGCCCACGACUGAGGGGGGGCUGCCACCCUUCACCUGGGACAAAUUCAACACCACCUUGCACGACGGGCUACCCCCCACCUAUAACUUUUCCUUCGUUCCUAUGUGGCCCAAAUUUUCCCAGCCCUGAGCAGAGUUCUGAGGGAUCGUGGUAAAGGGAAGUGGGAGGUUGGCAAAGAUGGUGCUAUGUUCUGUCAUUGAAUGAUAGAAAGCUGAUAGAAUGAUAUGAAAAUCUGAUGAAAUGCGGUGGUUAAUUGAAAAUGGGGAGGAGGUGUAUAUAGUACAGGUGUGUCAAACUCCAGUCCUGGGGGGGCCGGAGCCCUGUGGUGCUUAGUUUUUUCCCUGUUCCACCACAAAUGAUUCAGCUCAAGAGCUGUGUGGUAAUUAGCAGGAGUUGAAUCAGGUGUGUUAAAUGAGGAUAAAGCAAAAACUGUGCAGGGCUCCGGCCCUCCAGGACUGGAGUUCGACACCCCUGAUAUAGUAUGUCAGGCAAUCACAUUAUAUAUUAUGAAGGCACUCCAAUCAUUCUGCAAAUGCUGAUAUGACAUGUACUGCACUUGUGUGUUUUUCAAACACACCAACGUAUUGAGCAUCUUAAGACUUUCUAACACUUAAGAUUUCUGGUCCAGAGUAAAAAUCCAGACCAGGAUUUUAUUUAAACCAACCAGUUGAGCAUAAAGAGUCACAGUCACAGAGUACUCAGCUGGUUGGUUGAAACAAAAUCCUGGUCUUGAUUUGUACUCUGAGGACCUGAAAUCUCCACCUCUGGUCUUAUUCGAUUUUAUUUAUUCAUUCAUGCGUUUUGUAUUCUCAGAAUACGGAUCUCUUUUAAGUGUUAAAUUAAACAUUCAACCCUCCCCUCCCCCCCCUUUUUUUAAACGUACAUUAGUUGUAAGCCAUUUCUGGAACCAAUAGAACCAAUGAAUACAACGUGUAUGGGAUAAUCCACGAUGGGGUGUACGGUUAUACGGUUAUAACCGCACACAUGCAAGUGGUUUAUCCCGCUUAUACUACGGCUAACGAACAAAAAAUGGACAGACUAGUCACGAUUAUUUUAUUUCAAUUAGUAUUUAAUAAUGUUCCCAUGUGCUCUUAAAAUAUAUUCCCUACUGGUCAGGCUACUGACUGGAAGCGGCAAGUCCGUUAAGGUGCCAUAGAAAACCGUCAACAGAUAGGCGCUUGCAUUUUGAAAAUUAUGCUAACUGCUUUUUUCGAGUAAAAGGUCACACGGGUUUUUAUUUUAACAUGUUUAAAACAUUAACACGUACUAAUACAGAAUUUAGCUGCUGGAGCUACCUGUGAUAAUCUGUGAUGUGAUAAACCCACGUGACAUCUCUGGACUAAUAAGAAAACAGUAUUUACUAAAUAGUGGUAUAAAUGUAAAUAAUUCAGGGCUUCCUUUAUAAUAAAAAAUAAUGAAUUAC